AUGUAAAGGUGACUGUGACUUUUAAUAUAAACCCAACUUGAAAUUGCGUGUGCGCAGUGCGCGUCCACGGAGCGACGACGACUGGGUACGAGUCUGAUCUGGUUGCAUGCAUGUAGAAUGUUAGCGGCAACACCCAGGAUCUCAAACAGUUGUGCGAAGUGAUCCAGCAGGCGGGCAAGUCGGUGUUUGAGCCCCUCCAGACUUGGACUGGAAAGAUUCCUCCGGAGCUUGAAACCUUAGUGGAGGAAUUCCACGUGGCAUUGCAAAUACAAGUAGAAGACAUUAAAUUAGUUCAAGAAAAAAACAUCGUCGAGAAGACCAUUCAAACGUCUAAUAUAACACAGCAAAUAACCAAUAUGAAGAACUGCCUCAAUGAUGCUAUCCGUCGAUUCGAGCUGAGAUCAUUGACUUUAAUUCUACUUCGCACCGAGCACGCAUCGGUUCAAUCCGAGAUAUCGAGACUCAAGCGAGCCCCGGCCGAGCAUAUUUACGUAAAAAGCAAAUCAGAGUGCCUACCGGGCACACGACUCAAGAUUCAAGAAUCCAUACUCGAGCACCUGAAGAAACCUGAGAACCGAUUUGUUUGGCUACGGGGGUCCCCUGGGACAGGGAAGACCGCGAUCUCCAUGAGUAUCGCAUCCACUCUAGAGCAGCAGGGCGCACUGGCAGCGUCAUAUUUCUGGGACAAGAACCGGAGAGGAUCGGGCUUGGAUUCUAUUGAACAGUUUCCCUCUACCCUUGCCUGCCAACUUGCAUCCCUCAACGAGGACUUCAAAUUGUCGCUCGUCAGACAACUUCGGAAACCGGAUUUGGCCUUGUUUCAGGAAUUACCUCUAGAAAAACAAAUCAAGACUCUGGUGAUUGAGCCUAUACGUAACCUGAAGGACAUAUUCCCUUCGGGUACGGAUCGUUUCGUCAUCGUUUUGGAUGGUCUCGAUGAGUGCGGCAAUCAGGAGACCCUUGAGUCCUUGAUGGGGCUGGUACUUGGUCUUCAGGAGCUUCCGCAGGCAUUUUCUGUGCUAGUUAGCUGUCGUCCUGAGCCAGGAGUCAUUUCAGCUUGGUUUGAAGCUCAACACGAGGGUCUUGUUAUACCAUGUGAAGAUGUGGAUAAGAUAGAGUACGAUGAAGAUUUCCACACAAUUUGUUGUAUUGUGGAGGAUGGUCUUCGGGAUGUCAUCAGAAAAUCUUCAUGGAAACCAACAGAGUGGGAACUUAAUGAUUUUGCCUGGGCUUGCCGUGGGUUGCCUGUUAUGGCAUCAAUCCGAGUUCGCGAUGUUUGCCAGCGGACACGGCGUGGUCGUACUCUACAGUCGGCGUUUCAGGGCUUGCGUAGUGUCACUGGUACACCCACCGACCUCAAUCAGGAAUACUUGCGAAUCCUUCGGCAAGCCUAUGUGGUGGAUUCAGCUGGAAUUCCCCCAGAUAUAUCCAAGAUGUAUCGCUUAGUAGUCACCGCAAUUCUUACGACGUAUGGGCUGAGGGAUGUGUCUUCCAUGUCGCAGAUGUUUGGGUUUAGCGAGGAUGAGAUCCGUGCGACGUUGGAACCAAUCAGCUCAAUCAUAAAUCUUCCCUUGGACAAUGCAGAGGAUAUCACCUUCUAUCACGCAACGGCAAGAGAAUUCAUAACCGGGAAACCAAUCGGUGAUGAGAAAGACAAAGUGUUUUUCAUCGAUGACGUGAAUGGGUAUCUCCUUGGAUUGCCGCUCCUUCGAUAUUUCAACAAUUGUUGUGAGCAGAACGUGUUUGGGAUACCCACGGAUCCGCGUUCCUUAGGAGAAGAAGGGAAAUGGGAGGAAUUUAUGGUGAAAAAGAAGGAUUAUCGCAGCCGCUUCGACUACGUUAUUUACCACUUAGCCGACCACUUGGACCCUUUGCAACUUUUUUCACAAGAGUCCAAUGAAUUGCAAAACGAGUUUAAUUCCUUCAUUACACGAAAUUAUGUGUUAAUAUUCGCGCACUUGCAAUCCCACAUGGAGGAGACAUGGCAUGGAGAGAUAUUUCCUGAACAAUUACUUCAAUUUAACAUUUACAUCAGGUAACUCAGCAUGCCGAGGACCAUCCAUGGAGGUUCUAUCGAUCGAUUCUCCCUUUCGCCCCACCCUCUGUUUACAAACAAUAUGGCCAUC